CUUUAAUCCAAAGUUAAAGUCGACAUCGCAGCUACAUUUCUAUGUCUCCAUCACUAUGACAUCUGAACGCCCGUUCUCUUCCGAUUAUCCUCGCGACAUCAAGCACCCGGAGAUGUUCAGCGAGAAGGAAAGGAUGAUCAACAGACCCAGCUAUCGCCGGCAUCGCCCCUUUGCCAUAGCUUUUGCUGUUGUUGGACUCUGCUACUUUUUAUGGACAACGGUAUCGAGCCCGCACCUGUUCCAAUACAGCAGCCAUGGGAAGACUGGUGGAGGUGUGACUGUUCUGGGCUCGUCGAGUGCGAUAUCGUCGGAUAAUGCGAAGGCGCUGGACAAGAAGCUGGUUCCGUUAGAAGCACACAUCAUGUCCAAGUGCCCUGAUGCGCGGGACUGCCUCAGAGAGAUGAUACUACCCACCAUGCAACGAGUGAUUGACAAAGUCAAUUUCACCCUGUCGUACAUUGGAACUCCUACAGACAACGAUGGAGUCUCCUGUAUGCAUGGCCCGCAGGAAUGUAUGGGAAACAUUAUCGAGCUAUGCUCUGCGAAGCUCUACCCCGACCCAAAAAUCUACCUAGGGUUUACUAUGUGCCUCUCCCGCGACUACCAGGAAAUACCACAAGAGAGUCUAGUCAAAGACUGCGCAUUGGAGCAUGGAAUCGAUUUCGACGAAUUGGAUAAGUGUGCUGUCGAGGAGAACGGAGGGACAGCUAUUGGGAUGUUAAGAGAUAGCGUGAGGAGGAGUAUUGAUGCGGGUGUGACGAAGUCCUGUACCGUCAGGCUGAAUGAGGAGAUAUACUGUAUCCGCGACGGUGGCAAGUGGAAGGAUUGUCCUAGUGGAUCAGGGGUCAAUGAUCUGGUCAUUGCGGUUGAGAAGCUCUACCGGUCUUCUAAGACGAAGUCUGGCUCUAGCCCUCUUUCAGGGGCGCAAAUAUCUCCGUCCAUAGCUCGCUAGCUUCCCCGACUGUGUAAUGAAGUUCUGCUUCUUCCAUACCCCUCUCCUCAUCUCCUCCCAUUGUGUCGAGUUGCGAGAUGAUAGUUUCUAGUCCGACUGCUUUGCCUACAGCUUGUGUAGCUCCAGCUUCCAGUGCCACAUGAACAAUGUGGAUAUGGAAGUGAUAGUAUGUGGGUUGGUAGUGAACGUACAGCUUCAGGGUAUCUCUUUCCACACCCUUAUCACCGUACAUUUUGACUGUAGCAUCCACCAACUUGUCCCGCAUGUGUCUCAGCCAAGGAAGAUGUCUCUUUUUCAGAUCUCGUAGACUCCAUAUGUCCCUCCUCUCCACCAGUCCCAAAAGAUGUAGGCCUUCCAUCGUUUUGCGGUCCCAAUUCAGAUCUGGCAGUAAGAGGAAUCCCUCAUCACCAUCUCUUCCUUGCGGUGUACGAUAAAUCACAUCCUCGACUUCGGUUUUUCCAUCGAUUAUAUUGUAGACCCAGUUGAGACGGCCCUGCUCUCUUUUGGCUAACAUGUACGGCUUCACUUUCUCCCUGUAAAUCUGAGGUGUCUCGACCACCAUACGUACAGCCUGCUUCGAAUACUUUUUAAUAUGCUGUUCCGUACAUGGAUAUAUUAAAUUGAUCUUGAGGUCUGCGAAAUUUUCGGGCUUGUCGGAAGCUGUAUAGGGUGUCGAGGUUGCGAGAUACCAGAAGUAAACAUCAUUCGCACCGAGGUUCUUGAGAGUUUGGAGAGUGGAGGGUAUCUUGGAGAGGUAUGUCGUUGAGCUGGGAAAUGGUGCGCGCUCGAGGAUUAAUAAGGCCGGGUUGUCGUUGAUUUUCCCAAGGAGAAUACUGCGGCGUCCAGCUUCAUCUAGAGACCCGUUUGUCAAUUGAGGGGAUGAGGCAAGCUUGGUGGGGUAACAUGUGUACCUUGUUUGAGGACUCGGUCGAGCUUAAAUAGUGGGAUGAGAGACUCGGGAUUGGAAGCAAAGUCACCCAUUGUGAGGGUUGUGAAUGAGAAAUAGGGGACUGAAGAAGCUUCUAUGAACUGGUCAAGUCAAAAUG